GCUCCCACUCACUGUAAUUUUCGCAACGUUUGAUUUUUCUACGUUUUGCUCUCUAGUGUGCUCCAGCCUCCACCGUUCUCUCCUAUUCGCUCUCAGAAACUCCAAAUCCUACGAAUGUCAGGCUUAGAAAUGGCCGCGAAGAACGAAACGAAGGACGAUGGCUCUGCUGAGUCGCCGACUUCGGUGCUUGAAGACGAGGAUUUGUGCAAGGCGAAAAUGGAAGUCAAGUCAGAGGAAGAAACAUUUCCAAAUGCAGAAAAUGGCGAUUCCUCUUUGAUAUCAAGAGUGAUGGCUGAGGAGGAAGAAAAGCUGUUGGAAGCUCGGAUCAAAGAAGAAGAUGAAGAUCGAAGAAAGGAGCCACAGGCGGAGGCCCUGUUGAAUGAUAGUCAGUUUACCAAAUUGGAUGAGCUUUUGACGCAAACUCAGAUGUACUCUGAAUUUUUGCUGGAAAAGAUGCAUGAUAUCACAGCUGUAUCCUCUCAAAAUGGAGUGGAGCAAGAGACCGAAACUGUUAAAAAAGAGAGAGGUCGUGGCUCGAAAAGAAAAGCUGCUGCAGAUUACAACAAUAAGAAGGCCAAGAGGGCAGUAGCAGCCAUGCUUACAAGAUCUCAAGAAGCCAAGAAAGUUGAAGAUGUGAAUCUGACCGAGGAAGAAAGAGUUGAGAAGGAACAAAUAGAACUUGUACCUUUGUUAACUGGUGGAAAAUUGAAGCCCUAUCAGAUCAAGGGUAUGAAGUGGUUGAUAUCGUUAUGGCAAAAUGGGCUGAAUGGGAUCCUUGCUGAUCAAAUGGGGCUUGGAAAGACUAUUCAAACCAUUAGUUUUCUUGCACAUUUAAAAGGAAAGGGAUUGGAUGGGCCAUAUUUAGUGAUUGCUCCUCUUUCUACUCUCUCAAAUUGGGCAAAUGAGAUCUCAAGGUUUGUGCCUUCAAUGAAUGCUGUUAUCUACCAUGGUGACAAGAAGCAAAGGGAUGAGAUACGAAGGAAGCACAUGCCUAGAACAAUUGGCCCCAAAUUUCCUAUAGUCCUGACUUCGUACGAGGUGGCCUUAAACGAUUCAAAAAGAUUUUUGAGGCACUAUAAUUGGAAAUAUCUUGUGAUUGAUGAGGGGCACAGGUUGAAAAACGCAAAAUGCAAACUGAUAAGGGAAUUGAAAUACUUACCUGUAGAAAAUAAGCUUCUAUUAACUGGGACACCUCUGCAGAAUAAUUUGGCAGAGCUUUGGUCAUUGUUGAACUUCAUUUUGCCUGAUAUUUUUUCAUCUCAUGAAGAGUUUGAGUCAUGGUUUGAUCUGUCGGGAAAGUGCAACAAUGAAGCAAUGAAGGAAGAAUUGGAAGAGAAGAGAAGAGCUCAAGUGGUAGCAAAACUGCAUGCUAUAUUGCGUCCCUUUCUUCUUCGAAGGAUGAAGGCUGAUGUUGAGCUGCUGCUACCUCGAAAGAAAGAGAUCGUACUGUAUGCUACCAUGACUGACCAUCAGAAGAAUUUUCAAGAUCAUUUAAUCAAUCAGUCCUUGGAGAACUACUUAAUUAAGACGGCAAACAUUGGACAUGGAAUGAAAGGAAAGCUUAAUAAUCUGAUGAUCCAACUUCGGAAGAAUUGCAACCAUCCUGACCUCUUAGAGUCUGCCUAUGAUGGCUCAUAUUUCUACCCACCUGUUGAAGAGAUAGUUGAAAAAUGUGGUAAAUUCUGCUUGCUAGACCGGCUAUUGGAGCAAUUGUUUGCCCGUAAACAUAAAGUUCUGAUCUUCAGCCAGUGGACUAAAGUUUUGGAUAUCAUGGACUACUACUUUAGUGAAAAAGGGCUUGAAGUUUGUAGAAUUGAUGGCAGCGUGAGGCUAGAUGAAAGGAAAAGACAGAUCGAGGAGUUCAAUGAUGUGAACAGCAAUUGCAGAAUAUUUCUUUUAAGCACCAGGGCUGGUGGACUGGGUAUCAACCUCACUGCAGCUGAUACUUGUAUACUCUAUGACAGUGAUUGGAACCCUCAAAUGGAUUUGCAGGCCAUGGAUAGAUGUCAUAGGAUUGGUCAAACCAAGCCUGUUCAUGUUUACAGGCUUGCAACAGCUCAAUCUGUUGAGGGUCGCAUGUUGAAAAGGGCCUUUAGCAAGUUGAAGCUUGAGCAUUUGGUGAUUGGGAAAGGGCAGUUUCACCUGGAAAGAAGCAAACCUAACGCUGCAGAAGUCUUGGAGGUGGACGAUCUGCUGGCAUUGCUCCAAGAGGAAGAAACAGCUGAAGACAAGAUGAUACAGACAGAUAUCAGUGACGAAGAUUUGGAGAGGGUCUUGGAUCGCAGUGAUCUGGUUGUCGGUGCAUUAAACAAUGAUGAAAAGCCCAAUGGUGCCGGUGGUGCAUUUGCCCUUAAAGGCCCUGGUUGGGAGGUGGUGAUACCAACUGCAACUGGAGGCAUGCUCUCUACCCUUAAUAGCUAAGUGCUUAAUUUGUGGGCAUGGAACUUGGGCGAUGGGCGUUAUAUUUUGAUUCUGUAAAUUUAUGAGAUAGCUAUUGUGAACAAUAGGAGGGAGGGAGCCAAUUUUGUGGUUUUAUUAAAUUGAAUGUGGAUGUUCCAUGCCCAAGACUGGUGGAAGAUGAAAUUUAAUUGCGAUGGAUACAGACAUUCCUCUAUUAAUUUAAAUUAUUCUCUGCUUA